AUGGCGGCGCUCGGGCGCGCGCUCGUCCUCGCGCUCGCCGUCGUCCUCGCCGUCGCGCCCGCGCAGACGCGCGCGGGGGGGGUCCAGCCCGUGGGCGAGGUCAAGGACUGGGAUCUCGGUACGUCGUCCGCGACGACGACGACGACGACCGACGGCGAAGGCGGCGGCGAAGAAGCGCGGAUGUCCAUGCAGGAGCUCUUCAACUGGGCGAUCGAGCACUCGGACCCGGAGCGCCUUCGCGAGAUGGCGGAGAAGGUCAAGAACGGCGAAGACGUCGUCGGCGGCGGCGACCGCGACCGCGACCGCGACCGCGGCUCCCUGCCCGACCCCUUCUCCGCGUCGUCGUCGAGCGCGCGCGUCGUCGAUCGGCGAUGGACGGAGGACGAGCUGUCCCAGAAGCGCGCGGACGUCCGCGAAGCCCUGGACGCGCUCGCGGCGCACCCGACGGAGCAGACGUACAUCAAGCUCGCGCACGCGGUGUACGCGGACGCGACCGCGCCGGUGGAGCGGCGACUGGAGGCGCUCGAGACGCUCACGGAGCUGAUCCGGCCGGUGGACAACGCGAACGAUCUCCACGUGCUCGGCGCGUUCUAUCUCACACUGGUUCCCAUACGACCGCGUCGGCGUGACGUCAACGCAUACGACUCGGUGGAGGCGAAACUCGCGACGAUCGCCGUCAACGAGAGCGCGCCGGAGCUUCGACGACGCAAGGCGUUCUUCGCGCUGUCGCAGAUGGUGCGCGACGACCACGUGUGCAGGCGGUCGUUCUUCGCGGCGGGGGGGGCGACCGCGCUGUUGCAGCUGUUGCACCCGAACGCGAACCCGGGGCUGCGCGUGAAAGCCGCGACGCUCGCGGCGGAUCUGUUCGCGUCGCCCGAUCCGGAGCAGCACGCCCGCGAAGGCGCUCGCUUCGACGAGAUUCAUCACAAAGAAGCGAGGGCGCUGAAGCACACGGCGAUGCCGCACUUGAUUCACAUGACGACGGGAGGGAGCGCGGACGCGCGCGAGAAGGCGAUGCACGCCGUGCGAGCCGCGUUGGACGCGGACGCCGGCGACGACGAAGAGAGCGCGGCGAGCACGCACCGCGCGGCGAGGCGCGCGGGCGGCGCCGAGGCGUUCGAGGCGCUCGCGGAAUUCUUCGAGGAGGCGGCGAAGGGAAACGAGGACACGCGGGAGUACCACGCGACGUUAGCGCGCGACGCGGGGUCGGUCGCCGCGCGAUUAGCGCGCGAGACCCACCGCGGAGGUAUCCACCACGUCGAGUUAUGA